AUGUCCACGACUGCAACGAGGGUACCUCCGGCAGAUCCCCCCUUCAUGAAGGUGGAAGCAGAAGAGGAAGAGAAAGUUUCGUUCGUAGAAAGGAUUCUACGAAGCCUGAUCGACACGGCCAUGCACUAUCUCCCUCAACUGGCUAUAAUCGUGAUUUGCAUACCAGUUCUUGCAUUAAUAUCGUUGGUUGCCGGAAUCAUCGUUCGUAAUUCUGUUCCACAACCUUGGGAGCGCCGGGUCUUCCUGCAAUACGGAGAGUCUCCAAUACCAACGGCUUACUUCCAGUUUCCGCCUCUGGUUCACGACCAAGCAUAUGAUAUUUCGGUUCACCUCACCGUGCCGUAUACAGAAUCGAACAUAGCACUAGGCAACUUUAUGACUUACUUGACCGUCACAACUGCCUCCAACAAAACCAUAGCAUCUGCCAACCGCCCAGCCGCGAUACUGCCUCAACCAAAACGAGGAGUCAUCCGACGCCUCCUUCCAAUAGCAUCAGCCCCUUCAUACACUGAUAUGACCAUUACUAUUCUCCCUGAUUGGACUCCAGGCACCUCUCAAGCACUAUAUGGUCACCUUGAGGUCGGCCGUCGAGACGGAUGGAAGUCUCUAGGGCUUGGAGAGGGUCGAGAAAUAACUGUGGUCGAAUCAUACGUGCGAGGCAGAGUGCUACUAUCUGGCACGAGAAGAGUGUGCUCCAGGAAUUCCGGCGCCUCCGAUGGUUCCAAGGACACUUCCAGGGAGGCCAAACAGAUCCUCUCAGUCAAGUACUCCCACGCGGUACCUACACCGCGAACCAUCGCCAAUUUAUUCCGGUUCAUCGUCUUCUCCCGACCUCCCGACCAUCCCGACUCCGGACUCUCAGCUCUUACGGCGGCUUGA